UCGUCGUGCUUCUAUGCCGACACUGCGUCAGGCAGCACCCACCACCUCGCAGCCGGCGUGCUGGUUCGGGCAUCCCACGCCAGCAGGAUCUGAGCUGGGAGCUGGCGAGGAGCGUCCGAGCCGUCUGCGGGGAGCAGGAAAGCUGAAGUCAUUGCUGGACCCGCUGGCUUCUCCCCUUUGUUCUGCCUCCAAUUGAAGGAACAGCAAAUCUUCCUCUGUUUGUACAGCGCCGGCCCGGAGCCACCCGCGGAGGAAUUUGCACUUGGCAGCCCCCAGCCGUGGGGACAGGACACCCUGAGAGGGGCGGUUUGAACCCUGCCUCCUUCUAUAACGCUCUUGCCCAAGGAGACCGGGGUCGGAUCUGUGCGCGGCCCCCCCCCAGCACGUGCGGCCCGCCCAGGCCGGACAAAGAGAAGCUGUGUGAGCGCUUGCGGCCCGCGAGGCCGCGGCCGAGCUCCUCCGGGGUCGCGCUGGGAGCCUGCAGCAGGGCUGGGAAACCGGCCGCCGCCUCCGGCGUCCCAGCGCCGUGCCCAUCGCCCCCGGCCGCUGGCCUUGCUGCGGAGGAUUUCACGCUGUUCUCCCUGUUCUCCGGCGGCAAAGGUCGACUCGGCCUGGUUUUCAGGUCUAAUUAUUAACCCUUCGGUUGUGCCCCAGCCUCUCCUCUCCUGCCAGCAGCUCGCUCGGGACGUUGCCCUGCUCUCUGGGCGCAGGCUGCCAGCGCCGAUCCCUUUGAACCAGGGGGCAGGCAGUGCUGGAUGCGGCGUGCCGGCGGGAUCCCGUGCUCUCUGCGCGGCCGGGUGAGCAGCCGCACCCUGGCUUUGGGCUCGCAGCCUCCCGCAGAGGCAGGGGAGACCUGGCUCUCGGCAGGAUCCUUCCCACAACCUUCCCAGUGUGCUUGCAAAACCGGUGACCUAAAGCUGCAGGCAGAGGCAGAGGUUUCCCCUGUAAUAGACCCUCUCUGCCGAAUGCAAGACAGCUGCGUCCUGGGAUCUGUGCUGGAGGAUUUUGUGCAUCUCUGGAGACGCCUUUUUUCCAAGGAGCUUUUCCAGCCAGAUGAGGGGCUUGUGGGGUCUUGAGUGGAGAGGAAACAGCACAAGGUGCCUGAGCUGGCCACGCACCCAUUGCUGGUGGACAGGGCAAGCAUCAGAGGACAGUGGCCUGUGGAGUACUUAAUGAUCCAGGGAGAUCUUCUUGGCCUGGGAAUGGGGCAGAGAGAGAACCAGAAGCAAGCCAGGUCUUUGUGUGCCCUUCUUGGAGUGGGUUGGUACAUCAUGGUGCCUCACCCCUGCCCUCAUCUUCCUCCUGAGCCCUGAAGCGCUGCUGUAUAAAGCAGGGUGGGGAGCAAGCCACUGGCUGGUAUCCGUACAUGUUGAACCUCCAUGUGAAGCAGACCUCUGGGGCAUUUCUCGCUUCCCUUUCCUUCAGCCUGUUCUGCUUUCUGUCCUCUCCAUCACUAAGCAAAGCCAGCCUGGGAAGCAGCUUGCACUUCCCUCUUUACCAGGAGCCAGCGGCUGUUGCACCCAGAGGCAAGCCUCUCGGUGUAGGGUCAGCCUAGGCCGUGGGGGGGGGACAACGGAGCUGGAGAUGCUCAGCAGCCACGACCCAAAGUGGACGUCACCUUUGGGGCGGGCUGAGACCCUUCUUGCCGCUGGCUCUGGACCCGCGCUUCCCCUCGCUCCAGGGUGCCAGCCUGUUCUUCCCCUCGCUCUGGAGUGCCGUCUGUCCCACCAGGGACAGAAGGACAGAGGAUCCCCACCACACAACGUGGUGAGGGGCAGGGGCUGGCACAGCCCCCUGCAGCGAUGCCCCCAGGUCCUCUGCCGCUGGGAGCAGCUUGGGGCUGGCGUAUUGAUCUUCCCCCUGUGACACCUGCCCACGAAGGUGGUGCAGGCCGGGGAGGGCAACCUGCCUGGCAAUCCGAUUCCUCCCUCCAUGCGGAUCUGGAGCAGGCGGUGGGCAGGGCCUGGGGGGAAACUGCCUUGAGAAAGGGACCCCAUCUCCCCCCGGCGAUGCCCCAGGGCUGAGAGUAGCCUCCUUCCCCAAACGGGUUGGCCAUGUGGUGUGCACGUGUCUCCAUGUGCCAAAGAUGUGACAACCCGCUCGGGUCAUGGGGUGGACAUGUGGGGUGGCUGCACCCGGGCCUGGGGCUGGGAGGAAUGCAGGAGCCCAGGCACGGCCUCUGCCGCCUCUCUGCAGCAAGCUGUGGCGUGGGGCCAAGCCGGAGGCGAGUGCUGCCACCCCGGGCAAGCUGCAGGUGGGACCAGGGAUACGGUACAGCCUGUACGCCCACACCCGCCUGGGCUACCUCUUCUACAAGCGGCAGGUGAAGAAGGCCCGCGAGCGGUACCCGCACGGCCACUCCGUGUCCCGGCCCGUGGGCUUCGGCGCGGUGAAAAUCCUGCCCAUCCCUGUGCUCUCCAACAACUACAGCUACCUGGUCAUCGACACGGGCUCUGGCCGAGCGGCUGUCGUGGACCCCUCCGACCCACUGGCCGUGCAGGCUGCCAUUGAAGAAGAGGGGGUGCUGCUGGAGGCCAUACUCUGCACCCACAAGCACUGGGACCACAGCGGGGGCAACGCGGCGCUCUGCCAGCAGCACGGCUCCUGCAAGGUGUACGGCAGCGCCCUCGACGCCGUUCCUGAGCUCACCAACCCGCUCACGGACAAGGAGAGGGUGAGCGUGGGCCGCCUGAGCUUCGAGGCGCUCGCGACGCCCGGCCACACCGCGGGCCACGUGGCGUACGUGCUGGACGCGGCGCCCUUCGGCGGGCCGCCCUGCCUCUUCUCCGGAGACCUGCUCUUCCUCGCCGGCUGCGGCAGGCUCUUCGAGGGCUCCCCCGAGACCAUGCUCGCCUCCCUGGACGUGGCCGUGGGGCUGGGAGAGGACACGCUGCUGUGGCCCGGCCACGAGUACGCGCUGGAGUGCCUCAGCUUCGCCAGCCUCCUGGAGCUGGACAACCCCGCGCUGGAGCGCAAGCUGCGGUGGGCGACCCAGCAGCGGCAGGAGAAGAGGAGCACGUGCCCCUCCACCAUCGGGGAGGAGAAGACCUACAACCCCUUCCUGCGGACCCACCGCCGGGAGCUGCAGGAGGCCCUGGGGCUGACGCGCCGCGGCGGGGAGCCCAGAGACGCCUUUCGCGCCCGCGUCCUCAAGGAGGUGCGGAGGCGCAAGGACCUCUACAAAGCCACCUAGCCCCCCCUUCCUCCCCCCACCCCCGGCGGGGGCCCCGUGCUGCUCAGGCGUGGGGGGACCCCCCAGCCCCUCUGUUUUUUGCUGUGAAUCUCCCUGCCGUGAAGCAGGGCUUGGUUGGUGUGCAGGGGGCGAAGGGGGCCCUGUGCCCCCCAUGUGCCCUCCUUAGGUGACCCCCACCCCCCAAGCCUUGCCUUUGCUCCCAGCACCUGGGAGUCCCCAGAGGUCAUUUAUAGAAGCACUGGGACCCCCUUUUCUGGGGGUCUGUAGCCCCUGCCACAAUGCUGGGCUGCAGGGACAGCACCAAGGGCUUUUCCUGUGCCUCCCCCCUCUCUGGUUUUCUGGGAGUCCCUCGUUCCCCCCCCCCAGCAAUCAGGAACAUGCCCCCCCCUUCGCUGGGGGUCCCCAGAGCUGUGUCUCUCCUUGGGGGGGGGGGGGCUCAAAUGGACUCCAGCUGCCCCAGCAACGGGGGUGUCCCAAUCUUGCCUCCAGGUAAGGAGUUUUUCCCUAAGGCCCCUGGGUCUUGGGGCUGGAGCCCCCCCGCCCUCAUCCCCCUGGGUGGGUGCUCGGUGCUGCUGUGCUGGGUGCAGGGGGAUAGCCACCCUUCCCCCCCCCCAAUAAAUGUCUGGAUCUGA